UUAUCUUAUUAGAAUUGGACAUUAUCUAAGUUGCAGUAUAAAGCUAUAAUUUGUCUGAUGAUCUUUGUAUAGACUUUGUAUUACGGCAAGAUAAACUAGAUGUCAAAGAUAACGUGAAGCAAAUCGAACAGAAAUUCAAGGAAGAUAAUUCUUUUGUUGGAUCAAAGUACAUAUAUCUUAAUUAUUUGUUUUAUACAGACAUAGAGAAUGUAUCUAAUCUUUCUUUUUAUAGAAUAUGUAUAGUAUUUACAUUACUACAAGAAAGUCAUGAUCAUAAAAAUCGUAUGGAAAAAAAAAAAAAAAAAUGUACAAGUAUCUUUAGAACUGGACGAUAAGCUUAUGAGUGAAAGUAACAAUUUGUCUGCCUGGAAUGACCAAACAAUUACAGAACUGCAUUCAAUACAGGAAAGAGUUGGGAAAUUUCUUGAAGAUUUAUAUCAUGACAUGACAUACCAACAAGUUCAACAUCAGCAAGAAAAGAAUAUCAAUAUCCAAAACAUCUUGUUGCAACUUUGCCAUAUGAACGAAUUCUUUAGAGAUUCGGAGAAGAGAGAAAUUACCUCGAAAAGAGGUAAGUAUAUACAUAUGUUUUCAGACACGUACUUAGUCAAUAAUUCGUCGAAAGUGAAAUGUCCAAAUGUAAAUUAA